AUUAUAGUUAUAGUGUCCACCAUUCAUUCCUUCACUCUGAUCUUAUUAUCGGUGGAGGCUGUAAAGCGGAAAGAGAUGAUAGAACCGCCAGACACCGCAGAAAAAAGCUCCUCCAGGCGCCUUCUCUUUGACCGCCGUUACGGCUGGGUGGUCGACGAGUGGAAGGACCCAUCCGAGGAAGCUCUCGCCGGCGGAAGAGGAAUGUUUUGUGUAGUUCCUUUGGGCAAAACUCUGUUUCAGACAGCUUCACAAUCAAUUAACUCGGCCGUGAAAAUUAUAGAUAUGAAGCUUCAGAAAUGGCAAAAUCCUAUGCACAACCCAAGUUCUAGUCUUGUAGACACUAAUGGAGAUUCAGCGUUCCCUGAAAAAAGCAAAACCUGAAUCAAAAUGUUUUUUUUUUUUGGAUUUGACAAAAAGAGUCCAUGUGUUUAGUGUUUGUGAUUAGUCACUCAGCUAGAUGAUCUCAUCUAUGUACUCUUUCUUGUUUGCUUGUUGUGUUCAAGACAGUUCCAAAGACAUUGUGUGGUUAUAAAAACUUUCCAUAGUGACUGA